AUGAAACUGCUGCGACCUCGGGAGGCCAACAAGCGAGGGAACAUUGCGACCGCCCGGAUUGUGCCAGCUCUUUUACUAGGCAUCAUCGCCUAUUCGUCAUGGGUUGUUACGAAGCAUGUCUGCCUUGACUAUCUCAUCCACCCUCGCCCUCGCGCAUCUGUAACCGUCCACUCGCAGACCGGCGCCGCCAUCGCUAUCCUCGUCAUAUUUUAUCUACUAUUACUUAUCGCUCUGACAUGUCUUGGCCGCCUCCUCCAGACAAUUCUCACCAGACCGGGCUUCGUCCCACGCGGACCGCAAUGGAAUAUUGAAAAAGAAAAGAGUACGGGGAGAGCUAGAAGUGCAAGUCGUAAAGAGGAGGCACUGGAACACAGCUCAACUGAGGGCUAUACCCCACGACACCUUCGCCGGCAUCGGCGAGACGAGGAGUUCCCUACCCAGGACUUCUGGCACAAGGAUGUCUUCGCGUGCGGCUGGGAUGGGCGCCCCCCAUUUUGCUCGACAUGCUACAACUAUAAACCCGACCGAGCGCACCACUGCAGCGAACUCGGCCGCUGCGUGUUGAAGAUGGACCACUUCUGUCCUUGGGUCGGAGGCAUAGUCUCCGAGACUUCUUUCAAGUAUUUUAUUCAGUUCACUUUCUGGGCUGCUCUUUUUUGUCUAGAUACGUUGGUCGUCGUGGCGUAUUACUUUGCGAAACGUCGACGGGACGAGCGGUUUAUCAAUGUCCAUUGGAUUCUGGCUUUGGCGUUUGCUUCGCUCUUUUUGCUCUUCAGUGCAGGCAUGUGCGGAUCAAGCCUGCAGUUUGCAUUCGUCAACUCCUCGACUAUUGAGCAUCUCACACGCAAGACCAAGGUCUGGUAUCUGGCGGUGUACAUUCCCAGGCAGGUGUUUGAGAAGUAUCAAGCGUCGGGCCGGGACGAUCUGAGAUUGAUCACAUAUCCACGCCCGCCAUCCGAACAAUUCCAGAUACUCCAACUGCACGGUGCCAAGGACAAUGACAGUCAGCAGAGCGUUGCUCGGGAAGCGUGGCAUCCGAGCAGGAUUACUCCUCCAGCCGCGGCUUAUGAUCAGCAUUCCCGUCCGGCCUUUCCUUCGAAUCCCGUGGCCUCGAGCGGAAAUAUAACUCCAUCGGCACGCUCACGGCAGGACAGCCUCUCCCUACCCGUGCGGUCAGAAGAGGCGGCCGAUCUGAAACGCACAUUCGCGAUCCUCGAGACCGCACCGGGCGAGAACCCUUUCGACAUCGGUUGGUUCAACAACUUCAAAGAGGUCAUGGGGUUUACUUUGCUGGACUGGUUUCUUCCGCUGCGUCCCUCUCCUUUACUGGACCAUAGCGAUCCAACCAGUAUGUACAAGCUUGGCACAGUGGUGUCAAGGAUGAAGAAGGAAGCAGGUAUAGAUGAUGAUGAUCAUCACGAGGAUCACGAUGCUAAUAGACGCGGCGAGAGUGAAGUGGAAGAAACAGGGAAGAGGCGACACAAGAAGAGGCGGAGAAGGAGGAGGUCGGACGCCAGCCGGAGCCGCCCCGGGUCUGGAGCCGUGAAUAGAGAAGAGAGAUGA